AUGGCACCCGCUACUCCUUUCCAUCCACCUGCUGCCGACCUACCUGGCAAACCCUUUGUGCCAGAUUGGGUUCCACCUCCCAUCACAAAGCAGAAUGAGAACUUUGCAAAGCUCAAAUCUAUUGACUUAUCUUUGCUCGACUCAGACGAUCCAACUGUCGUUGAUAACCUCAUCCAACAGGUCAAGGUUGCUAUUCGCGAUGACGGGUUCCUCUUCCUUGAAAACUAUGGCAUUACAUUGGAACAGCUCCACCGACAGUUUGCUCUUGCGCAGUACCUAUACAACAACAUUAGUGAGGACGAUAAAGAACGACUUCUCUUCAGUCCUGAGACAGGUGUGUGGUCUGGCUACAAGCAUCCGUAUGGAUUCAAGCGUCACCGUGGACCCCCUGAUGGCAUCGAGCAAUUCAAUUGGUACAAGCCUGACUGGGAAGAUAUCAACCGUAUCCCAAAUUGUCUGCAUCCCUUCAUGGACGAAAUCGAAGCGUUUUGUAAUUACCUUACCCAGUCCGUCAAUCGACGGCUCCUCACCGUCUUCUCGCGCGUUUUAGAGCUGCCCGACGACUACCUCUGGGAAAAUGUACAAUCACAUGGCAGCCCAACUGGUGAAGGAUACUUCCGCCAUGCGCUCUUUCGACCUGUAAGGAAAGAAACCGAAGAGGCAUCAAAGGGCCUGCGUAUGCACGGCCAUACUGACUUCGGCUUGACCACGUUGUUAUUUUCCGUUCCCAUCUCGUGCCUUCAAAUCUGGGGCCGCGACGAGAAAUGGUACUACGUUCCUUACAAGCCUGGCGCUCUCGUAAUCAAUAUCGGCGACACCUUGGAGAUUGUCUCCGGCGGUCACUUUAAGGCCACACGCCACCGCGUAUUCAAGCCCCCGGUGGACCAACUACACGAAGAGCGUCUUUCUCUGGUGCUCUUUAACAGCUCCGUCGGCGAUUUGCGCAUGACUCCUGCAAAAGAAUCACCACUUAUUCAGCGAGAGGGCUGCAUUGAAGAGCAAGGCGUUUACAAGGAAUUUAGGGAUCGCACAUCAGAAGGCAAGCUUGUACCCACGAAUCGCGAGUGGCGCGAGAUCCAGAUCUCCACGGCGACCGACCCAACAGAUCGGGAGCACAACCGAGUUGGGGUUCAUCAAGUGCUAGUCGACGGGAAAAUCAUGCAUCAACGAGAAUACAUGGGAGUCAAAGUCCUCCUGCCUGUCUAA